CUGCCACAGUGCAUCUCUCUCCUCUAUCAGCUUUACUUUCUCCCCAGUGAGGAUGACAUCCCCGGAUUUGAUGAACCAGCAAAGCUCUCAUUCUGGCAGGAGGCUUCCGAGGGAGACCCCACAUGAACGGGCUUAUGGGACGUGCGGGAGCUGUGCCUAAGGAGCUUCAUAGAAAACCUGUCAGCUCCAGAAGACACUGGAUCGCUGACGACAGUCAUCAACUCCCGAGUUGAAACCAGCUCUCUGGAAAACUUCUCUUACACUCAAAGCAGCUGAGAUAACCAAGCAAAUGUCACAGGUUGAACAAGAGAUCUCACUGGUCCAGAGAAAGAUGUCUGACCUGGAGUCAGUUCUCCAGCAGAAAGAUAUCGAACUGAAGGCCUCAGAGACUCAAAGGACAAUCCUGGAACAGGACUUGGCAACCUACAUCACAGAAUGCAGUAGUCUGAAGCGCAGUUUAGAACAAGCACGGAUGGAGGUGACCCAAGAAGAUGAUAAAGCCCUCCAGCUGCUCCAUGAUAUCCGAGAGCAGAGCAACAAGCUUCAGGAGAUCAAAGAGCAGGAGUACCAUGCUCAGCUAGAAGAGAUGAGAGUCUCCAUCAGGCAGCUGGAGGAGGACCUGUCUGCAGCCCGUCGCCGUAGCGACCUGUACGAAGCUGAGCUGAAGGAGUCUCGACAAGCCAACGAGGAACUGAAGAGGAAGGCUGCAGACUAUCAGCACAGGAUUCAGAAGGCCAAAGAGCAGAGCAAAGCAGAGGUAGAGGAGAUGAUCACCAAACUGGAAAAGGCCAGCGCAGAGCAGCAGCAGAGGAUCCAGGACCUGCAGGAGAAGCUCGCAAAGACGUCAAAGGCCAGCGCCGAGGCCACAGACCAUCUCCAGAGCAUGAAAAUGGCCAAAGAGCGGCUGGAGCGCGACCUGGAGAGGCUGCAGAAUAAGGAAGACUCCAGCGACAGCCUGCGCAGACGUCUGCGUGAAACAGAGGAUGGAAGGAAGACCCUGGAGAACCAAGUGAAAAGGCUGGAGAUUGUUGAGCGCCGGGAGACGAAGCUGAAAGACGAGCUUCAGAGCAAAUCGCAGCAGAUUCAGCAGAUGGCAGAAAAGAUUCUGGAGUUGGAGGAGAAUCUGCGAGAGACCCAAUCGACUGCUCAACGGCUAGAAACCCACCUGAAGCAGAAGGAAAAGCUCUACGAAGACAAAAUAAAGGUGCUGGAGGCUCAGAUGAAGGCGGACAUGGCCGAUAAGGAGAUGCUGGAGUCCAGUCAGAGCAAAUAUGAGGAGGAGGUGCGGGAGAAGUGCAGCAUCAUCAGUGAACAGAAGGCGACUAUCAAUGCAAUGGACUCAAAGAUGAACAGCCUGGAGCAGAGGAUUGCUGAGCUGUCAGAGGCCAAUAAACUAGCAGCUAACAGCAGCAUCUAUACCCAGAAAAACAUGAAAGCCCAGGAAGAGAUGAUCUCGGAGCUUCGCCAGCAGAAGUUUUACCUGGAGUCUCAGGCUGGAAAGCUGGAGGCCCAGAACGCCAAGCUGGAGGAGCAUCUCGAGAAAAUGAGUCAGCAGGAGCAGAGCAACAAGAGCCGCGUGCUGGAGCUGGAAACUCGGCUCCGCGAGAUCGGACUGGAGAAUGAGGAGCAGAAACUGGAAAUAAAGCGUCAGGUGACAGAGUUGACCCUCUCCCUGCAAGAGCGUGAAUCUCAGAUCAGCAGCCUUCAGACGGCUCGCCACGCGCUGGAGAGCCAACUCCAACAGGCCAAGACUGAGCUGGAGGAGACCACAGCCGAGGCCGAGGAGGAGAUCACUGUUCUCAGAGCGCACAGGGAUGAGAUACAACGCAAGUAUGAUGCAUUGAGGGACAGCUGUGCAGUGAUCACUGACCUGGAGGAGCAGCUGACCACUCUCACUCAGGAGAACGCCGAGCUGAACCGGCAGAACUUCUACCUGUCCAAGCAGCUGGACGAAGCCUCCGAUGAGCGGGAGGAUCGGCUGCAGCUCAGCCAGGACGUGGACAGGCUGCGCCAUGAGGUGGCCGACCGGGAAAUGCACCUCAACAACCAGAAACAGAACCUUGAGACUCUGAAGACCACGUGCACCAUGCUGGAGGAACAGGUGGUGGAGCUGGAGAGCCUGAACGAUGAGCUGCUGGAGAAGGAGAGACAAUGGGAGGCCUGGAGGUCCACGCUGGAGGACGAGAAGAACCAGGCUGAGAGGAGGACCAGGGAGGUCCAGAGGCUGCUGGACACUGAGAAACAGAACAGGCUCCGUACCGAGCAGCGUUGCUCUGAGUCCCGUCAGGCUGUGGAGCAAGCCGUCAAAGAGCACAAAGCUGAGAUCCUGGCCCUGCAGCAGGCCCUCAAGGACCAGAAACUCAAAGCCGAGAGCCUGGCAGACACUCUGAACGAUUUGGAGAAGAAGCACUCCAUGCUGGAGAUGAAUGCCCGCAGUCUGCAGCAGAAGCUGGAGAGCGAGCGGGACGUGAAGCAGAGGCUGCUGGAAGAACAAGAGAAGCUGCAGCAGCAGCUGGACGCCCAGAAGACUCAUAUAUUCCGGCUGACGCAGGGGCUGCAGGACGCUUUGGAUCAGACCGACUUACUGAAAACCGAGCGGACGGACCUGGAGUACCAGCUGGAGAACAUCCAGGCGGUAUACUCUCAUGAGAAGGUGAAAAUGGAGGGAACCAUCACCCAGCAGACCAAGCUCAUAGACUUCCUCCAGUCCCAGGCCCAUGGAGGCUCCAAGAAGAAAAAAGGCCUGUUUGGGCGACGGCGAGAGGACCUGAUAGCAGCCAUGGCAGCUCAGGCUCAGGCGCAGGGUCAGAGUCAGGGCCAAGGCCAGGUGUCCCCUGUGCCCCCCAUCCAGCCCGUACCUCUGCAGUACAGCGACAUGAAGGCGGCUCUGGAUAAAGAGCGCACUCGAUGCUCUGAGCUGGAAGAUGCUCUGCAGAAAAUGAGAGCGGAGCUGCGAUCUCUGAGGGAAGAAGCUCUCCAGUGCAAGGAUCAUUGCAGCGCUGCAAACCCAGCCUCAGCAAGGCAGCAGAUCAUCAUGUCUGCCAUGGUGAAGUCUCCAGACCACCAGCAGGGCCCCACCAGCCUGGCCCCCUCCAGCUCCGGACGCAGGAAGGACACUCCAACACCAGAGGAAGGAAGGAGGGUCACAUUUGAAAAGUACAGCCGCCGUUUGAAGGACAGCCAGAGAGACCGAGAGCGGGAGAGAGAGAGGUCGCUCCACCACAACACCCCUCACCGAUUCACAGUGGGACUAAACAUGAGGGCCGCCAAGUGUACCGUAUGCCUGGAUACCGUCCACUUCGGUCGCCAAGCAGCGACCUGUCUUG